UUAUGGCAUGUCGAAGCUUUACCGUCCAAGUAACAACUUUCUCAUUUCUAUCCCGCUCACUCAAAGUUUUCAGGCUGAAUAUCUCCCAGCGGUGUCUUGUCCAAAAUUGAACACAAAAGCAAUGGAGUGCCACAUCUGUAUGGAGGAUUUUGACUCGACCCUGAGGCGGCCGAAGUGCAUCAUCCCGUGUGGCCACACUGUGUGCCAGCACUGUUUGGAGGAUUUGAAGAACCAUGUGUGCCCGACCUGUCGGAAGGAAUUCUCGGGGCCUGUAACAUCUCUGCCGGACAACUACGCUAUCCUCAAUUUGGUCGAGAACAAGCAUCGCCCCAAGUCGCCCAGCUCAACUUCGAUUUCAACCAACAAGCUCUGGUGCCGAAAGUGUAAGAAGGCUGCCACUGACGAGUGUGGGGACUUGGAGCACACCCUCUGCUCCCUCCGCAAGCUGCGCUCGGAGCAGGCGGCCCGCAGCUGCAGCGAGCAGAGCGCGCGACGGCGGGGCGGCGGGCGGGUGGAGGAUGAUUUAAUGUUGAACCACACAACUUUGGAACCGUGGUACAGGCCAAUAGGAACAAGAGAUGUUAUAAUUAUCUGA